AAUUUCCACUGCAGACAGCGGGAAUUCCCUUCUGCCCAACGGUUGCAUUUUCAACGAGCGCAAUUCCAUACUUCAGCCGAAAUAAUCAUUUAUCUUCACCAUCAUGGAGUUGUUGAGGGUGGUGACAUUACUAACGAUGUUCAUGUGCACACUGUAUCUUGAUCCCGUUUUGGGUCUUACCGAAUCUGAUUGCAACAAUCCCGCAUCGUCUUGUAGUCCCUGCUUCGAUAAAAAAGGACACGAGCCUCUAUCUACGAUUCUUAGAAGGAUUCUUUCUAUAUCGAAGGCCAGACGCUCCAAACGAAGCAAUAAUGACGCAAUCCCGAAGGACCCGUUUUACGCGACCCCUAUAAGUCGAGUCUACUUGCAGAAAGGGCAAACCUAUCACUUGCCGUGCGAAGUCCGGCGAGAAGGCGAAGAAGUCAGCGUCCUCAACUGGUUCAAAGAAGACAACUACGUAGCGCGAUUUACAGUCGUGCCUGGUGACACUAACUACACAGUGAGCAGUCAGUUUGAAUUGUCUGACACAUUCGAUCUGAUUGUCCAUCAAAUUGAAGAGAAGGACAAGGGAAGAUAUUCCUGUAUCAUCAUACCCCGCAGAAGCUCUAGAAGCAGGAGAAGCUCCAUUGAUAUUUCUGUAUUAGAUCAACUGUUUCCUCUCGUUGACGAUGGUUCAGUUCCACAAUCAGAAAUGUUUGAGCUUGCAGUUGGACAGCAGCAUGCAAUUUGGUGUCCCGCUAGCCCUCCAGACGAAGACAUCAGAAGAGCCACUCUCUAUUGGUCUCUUGACAGUGGCAAGGAUAAUUACACAAGUAUCAUAGGUGUUAGAUUCUCUGACGGAGAAGUCAAAGUGCAGAAUGAAUACCAAGACAAUUAUAACAUCACUAGCAACAAUUCGUUGAUUAUCAAUUCACUGGAAGGCAACCGUAGUCGCUACUGGUGUCACCUUUCCUCCCCGGGAUCACAACUUCUAUCGGGAUAUGUUGACGUCAUCGGAAAAGAUGAAGGGUCUAUCAAGGUACCCUUGGUUCAAACUACCCCUGUACCCGGUGGAAAAUCAGACUGGAUAGCUGGCUUUUUGGGGUCGGUUACGUUUAUAGUGAUAGUGAUUUUUGUCUUAAUCUGCUUGAUGUAUCGAAAGAGAAGACGCAGUCAACGGAUGUUCGUCCUAAAUGACCUAGAGAAGUCCUCUGUUGACUCUCCUCAGACCCAGGUGUUCAGUGACCCGCAAGAUGAGAAUAAGCAAGAAUCGCUAAUUAGUGAUAAAGACACAUCAGUUACAGCAGACUCAUUUGAAGGUGAAGGUAAACUUGACAACGAAAGUUCAUCUCUUUUACCUCAAAACACGGAAGACAAGACAGCACGAGAGUUAGAUGAGAAAGACACGUCAGUUACAGCAGACGGACGGGAAGGGAGUAGUUUACCAGAUUCUUCAACUCGAAAUAAGAAUACAUUCUACGUGCUUAUCGAUAGCUCGUUAGGAAGAAUAUUGAGACGAAUACCGGAACUGCAAAUGUCUCCAACUUCUGCUCGCCCCAAAACAAAAGCCACUUCGACUCCAGUGCGUACCGGUACCAAACACCAACCUCCACCAGCCAAAACAAAAUCGUCGUUUCCCAAGCCGACUUCUCUGCAAAGCAGGUAUUCAAAAGUUAAGAAGGUUACACCUGUUUCAGAGGUGAAUACAAAAGGUGCGAAAAGUUCGGACGAUGCCGAUCAAAACCCAAGGCCUUCACAGAAAGAAAAAGGAACAAAAGGAGAAGAGCGAGAUACAAAGAUGACUGUCCAGGUGCAUCAGGUAAACCAAGAUAAUAAAGCAGGUGGCCUUGAUGAGCAGGUAUCACUGGAUGAGAUUGAACUGACACGUAGGAACGACCACGAAAACAAGACAAAAAAGAAGGGUAAUGACGAAGGGGAAACAUCUGUAAAGGAUAAAGAUACAAAGCAAACCGAGAUAAACGACGUCCAAGACAAAAAGGCAAGUGGCUCUGAGCGUACAUUACAAAAGAAAGAAGGGGAAACGUCUACCGGUACUGAAAUGGCGUCCGAAUCGACAUCAAGAAGAACCCAUGGAAACAAGACGAUGGAAAGAAUCGAUUACACGCACAAUGACAUGUUUAACGAGGAUACCCCCUGUGAAGGAACAGUCUUUGUAGGUACAAAGCAAACCGAAAUGAAAGAAGUACAAGACGAAAAGGCGAGUGACUCUUCGCCAAAGUUACCAAUUGAAAACAGGAAAAUAUCUACUGAAUUAGAGUCUGAAUCGAUAAAUGGCAAGAACCAAGAAAACAAGACGAUGGAAAAUACCGAUGAAAAGGAUGCCACCAGUGAAGAAACAGGCUUGAAGACACCACCAGAACAAUGCGUCACUGAGAAUGCCGAUUCCUUGAAUGUCUCACCAGGCCCAACUCAAGGGCAAGCCAAACAAAGGAAAAGAGAAGAUUACCCAAAGGACAAAAAGCCUGUUAAGAAAAGCAACAAGAGCAAUCGUAAGGAGAAAGUAAAAUCAAAACCGAAGGGAAAAGUAAAGCCAGCGAUGCAAAGAACCUCUCCAGAUGGAGGAUGUCCAAAGACCGACGAUACCAGUACCAAGACCUCGAAGACACACAAGACUGUGCAUCGUUCUGAUCAAACAGAUUUGCAACAGCAAUUAGAUGAUGAGGGAAAAAAAAGCUGUGACACAACCACAUCUCCAGUCACUAACUCCACUGAUUGGUCACCUACUCCAGUCUGUGGCGUUGAUUCUGUUGUUGUAAACACCCCUCAAAUUAACACCAUGCCCAGUGCUCCCGUUCAGCCUCUAGUAGUUAAUGGAUCAUCACCUGAAGGGCCCAGUGCAGUUUUGGGGGUCUCAUUGCCUGACUCUGCCCCACCUGUACCCGAGCUCUCAUCUCAAGAGCCUUUUUCUACAAUCCCCGCACCUGCUGUUGAGGAAGAUAUUUUACCAUUUUAUCAUCAACGUACACCCCUAGUGUACGCCCUAGUCUAUUCUAUUGGCAACACACCCACUGAAUCUUACAGAGGUCCGCUCCCUGACGUCUCCCAACCCCCUCCAUGUUCCGUAUUAAGUGAUAAUGAAUCAGUGAACGUGGAGAAUAGCACUGGGAGUGAAGAUGCCGAAAUGGCAGAGGUGGCAGAACCUCAAGGCUGUGACACAACCACAUCUCCAGUCACUAACUCCACUGAUUGGUCACCUACUCCAGUCUGUGGCGUUGAUUCUGUUGUUGUAAACACCCCUCAAAUUAACACCAUGCCCAGUGCUCCCGUUCAGCCUCUAGUAGUUAAUGGAUCAUCACCUGAAGGGCCCAGUGCAGUUUUGGGGGUCUCGUUGCCUGACUCUGCCCCACCUGUACCCGAGCUCUCAUCUCAAGAGCCUUUUGCUACACCCCCCUCGCCUUAUUUUGAGGAGAACGGAAGUUCGUCGUCCUAUCAACAUGCUAAUUCCCCAAAGGAUGGCCUUGAUACAAAUUUCAAUGGCAACACAUUUACCGCAGCUGAUGGAGGUCUGUUCUCUGACAUAUCCCAACCCCCUGGAUGUUCCCUUCUAAGUGAUGGCGAAUCAGCAAGCAGGGAGAGUAGCACUGGAAGCAAAGAUGUCGAAAUGGCAGAAUUAGCAGAACUUCAUGACGACGAGGAAAUGGAGAGUGAACCAGACGAGCCAAUUGAUAUCAGACGCAAGACGAAGAGGCCCCACCAAUCUCAAACACAGAAGUUGCUGAAAGCUCUCAACCCGCACAAGCAAGAUGACAUUCAUCAGAAGCGGCAUCCUAAACCACAGAUCGUGUGAGCAAGAUAAGGCUGAGAGGAAGCGUUAGCUUUUAAUUUUUAUAUUAGAAAUAAUGUACCAUAAAUGGAUGUCAAUCACUUUCUGCUUUGUGAUUCCUCUGUAUGCAUACACUUGGGGCGCAGGUCACAACCUACUUCCUCAUGUCUUGUAGGAUGUACAAGUAUUCCUGAAAGUCUCCUGAAGCAGGGUAAAUAUAGGACUUAAAGUGAUCACUUUAUUCAUUGUGAGAAAUAAUUGUAGUCUCUUUCUUUUUGAAAAUCAUUACUUUAAAGGCGAGUUUGACAUAGUUCUCUUGUAUAUAGAUAACAACAGGCAUUUGUCUUAAACUUUAUAUGCUUCUUCAAUGUUUGACACUUCCUAAGCAUUCAAAAUUGUCCGCAAUUGUCCAAGCUAAGUGAGGGCACUUUUGCUGUGACGUCAACCAGGAAAAACAUGGUACACUGCACAUGCCCUGAUUGUGAACUGUAAAAAAAAAACAAGGAAGGGCUGCCUACUUUGUUGCUGUUUACUUAUACGAAACUAGUAUAAAAAAGAGAAAUUUUAGGCUAGUGAAAUUUCAGUAUUAUUGAGGUGUUUUUCCCCGGAAUGAAAUCACAGUUUUGCUUACGAAUAUGGAAAUACUUUUUAGAAUUAAAACUAAAAAGGCGGUAUACCCUUUGAAAUAUUGAAAUAUAAUUGAGAGUUAGAUUGACUGAGACAUCAAAUUGUGUUUUGGAGGUUUGUAUAUACGUAGACACCGCCAUUACAGGUGAGACAUUGGUAUAUAGGUCUCUUAACGUUAAUGGGCCAAAUGCAAUCUGACCUUUUCUUUCAUCAGAUCUGAACUGCACUGUUGAAAUUGAUAUAAGAGAAAAUGUUAGCAAUGUAUAUUUCACAAUCUCAUGAAUGUAUUAGGCCUAAUUCUGAUAUGUAUUAUUUUGGAAGUGAAAAAACCUAUAUUGCGCAGAACUGGUCUGUUCACGUGUCAUAAUGUGCUUGUCAUUAAAGGUACACAUCGCUUAGAA